AUAUAGGCUUGCACUCUCCCCUGCAUUCUGCAUUCAAAGCAGAGCUUCUUAUUAAAUGAGUCCACGUUCAGAAUUCAGAGAAGUAAAGAUAUAUAUGUACCAUUGUUUUUUUUUUUUUUUUACAACCUAAGUAAUUAGCCCAAUUUUCUGUCCUUUUAUAUUUACUCGAUAGGUCGUUUUUUGUGCCUUUUGUUAUUGUAAAAAAAACAAGUGUUUUCUCUAUCAUCUUUGACACCUUCUACCUGUCCCUCUGUACAUGUAAAUAAUGGCGAUGUAGUUGUACAUGUACAUAUAUAUCCAAGUGGUGGUGAAAAUUUAAUUAAAUUCAAAAAUAAAUAAUUUUUCGAGGGUUGCUUUCAGAAGUAGUAUAAGAUUGGGGCAUGUUUGUUCUAUACAGGUGUUUUGAUUCAGCUUUCUUUUGCCUUUUUAACAUGUACCAAUAAACUCUACUUUUUUGUUCUGGUCUUUUUACUUCUUUCUAAGAUACUCUGUUUUUUUUUAAAAAAAAUAAAUUAUGGACCCUAAGUCUCAUAUUUUUAAUGAGGGGGAAGAAUGUCACAGUUGUGAAUCUGGAUGGACAAUGUACAUUGGCUCACCUACGAAUGAUGAAGAUGAUGAGAUGAAUUGCGAAGGUGAUUUUGAUAAUGAAGAUGGUAUUUUAGGACAAGGUCGUCGCAAGAAGAUAAUUAAUGAUGAUGAUGAUACUGAUGAUUCGAUGGCGUCUGAUGCAUCUUCAGGACCAAGUCAUCAUGUUGUUAGAAAUGCGAAUAAGAGUACAAUUAUUCCAAAGGAAAAAGGUUAUGGAAAAAGUGGUUCUAACAACAAAGCCAGCAUGAAGAAAGGUAGUGGGAAGAAUCAAGACAAAGGAGGGUACUCUGUUUUUUCAGCAAAAGUUCCAUCCAGUAGUGAAAAGGUAAAGAAAAGUAUUUGGAAGGGCAAAGGAAAAUAAAACUUACUAUAACUAGUAGUACUAUAUUAUUAUUAUAUAUCUUCUCUUUUGUUAUAUUACUGUACUUAAUUUGUAUCUCUUGUGUUAGUACUUAGUGCAAAGUGGAAUGUUAAGGAUGUUUUGGGAUUAGAAAUGAAUCAUUUUUUUUUGUUCCCUUUUGGUUGUCAAUGGAUAUA